CUUAACAUAUACGGGUAGCCCAGAUUGUUUUGGUCUUUCCACCAGAAACGAUAUCGUUGUGUUUUCAAAUCCUAGCCGCACCAGGGUUUCACGACCUCCAAAAUGGGGAACAAGCAUGGCACGUCCCUCCCUACUCACAUUCUCCACGUUAAAACCGGCGACAAAAAGGGCGCUGGAACCGACGCCAAUGUUUUGGUAGUGCUUCACGAUGAUCAAGGGAAGAAAUCGGCCCCCAUGAAGCUGGAGCGCCCUUUGAGAGACAGCUUAGAACGAGGUUCGAUGGACGCACACCCUGUCUCUGAUACCUCCGGCCUUGGUAAAAUUCGGAAAAUGGAAAUUACAAUGGACGCGUUUGGUUUAGCGCCUGAUUGGUUUGUGGAAUCGGUUCGCAUUGAGCACCAACAGGACAAAUCCAUCCGUGUGUUUCCAAUACACCGUUGGAUCAGGCUUAAACGACACUACGUGUUUGAUCACCUUGAUUGCAAGCUGCCGCAAGACGAUGAGCAAAAAGAACAGAGGAAAAGCGAGUUAGAAGAGAGAAGAAAACUUUAUGAAUUUGCGCCAAAAGCACCGGGCCUCCCAGUACAGGUGAACCAGUUGCCAGCUGAUGAGGCAAUGUCGGAUGCUUACAAGUGGGACAUAGAAUCCCGGAAGAAAACAAUGAGUCGUCAGGCAGGUUUAACCGGUCUGAUGACGCUGUCUGGAGAAUGGGACAGUUUUGACGAUAUCUAUGCAUUGUACUCCGACACCAUUGGAAAACCGAGUGAACAAAUUUUGCACUGGCGAGAUGACGAGUGGUUCGGUGCCCAACGUUUGGCUGGCGUUAACACAAUACUUAUUGCUCUAUGCUCCUCCAUUCCAGAGAAGUUUGGCGUGACUGCAGAAAUGGUGGAACCAUUCCUUGAGGGCCUCACUCUAAAACAGGCCUUGGAUGCCAAAAGGCUUUUCAUAAUAGAUCUUAAGAUUCUGGAAGGCAUACGUCACAAUCCAGAAACUGAGAUCGGUGCACCUCUGGUACUGUUCUUUCAAAAAGGAAAUCAGCGUUUGGUGCCCGUUGCCAUUCAACUCCAACAGGAUAAGGGACCUAAUAAUCCGGUGUUCCUGGCCAGUGACCACCCUAUGACCUGGCUGUACGCUAAGAUGUACUACAACAAUGCUGACGCCACCUUCCAUCAGGCUGUUACUCACCUGGGGUUCACGCAUCUUUUGAUCGAAGGCGUUGCCUUGGCGACCCACAGGAACCUUUCUCCUUCUCACCCGAUCUUCAGACUGCUGGCACCACACUUUCUCUAUCUUAUCGCCAUCAACGACCUUGCAGUUAGUUCGUUGGUCAGCGAGAACGGCUGGGUGGAUAAAACUAUGAGCAGUGGGCGAUUGGGCAUGUUUGAUGUCGUCGCAAAAGCGAUUGUGGACUGGCGACUGGACAUCGAUGGCACUCUGCCGAAACAUUUGGAGGCACGAGGACUACUGGAUGAAAAUGUGCUUCCAAACUUUUACUACCGCGAGGAUGCCCUGCCUUUGUAUUGGAUUAUCAAGAAGUAUGUCGGCCAGAUCAUAAACCAUUUCUAUGAUUCACCAGAGAAAAUGUUGGAGGAUUACGAACUGAAGAGCUGGCGGCAGGAGCUGGAACUGGAGCGAGAGAAAGGAGGAAUAGGAAUCAAGGGGAUACCUGGAAGUGGGACAUUCAGCAGUAAUGAAGAACUGAUAGUGACCUGUACUUCUGUCGUUUUCUUGGCUAGUGUGGGACAUGCCGCAGCUAACUUCCCACAGUAUGCAGAGUACGCAUUUCCGCCCAACUACCCGCCAUUCAUCAAGGGCCAAGUGCCAACAAAUAAGAACCCUCUGUCGGAAGAAGACAUCUUGCAGAGCCUGUCUUCCAAGAGACAGACGUUAGACGUUAUGGUGGUCACAAAGAUUUUGAGUGAGAAGGGCACAAACAGCCUUGGCGAUUUUGAAGUGCAAUACCUUUAUGAUCCCGUCUCGGUUAAAGCUGCAGAGACAUUUAGGCAAGAAUUGGCUGAGCUGAGCCAGCAAAUUAAAGAUAAGAAUAAGAGGCGGUAUCCCUCCUACCCUUACUUGGAUCCCGAGCACAUUCCAAACUCUAUCAGCAUUUAAAAAUGGACUUCACUGCAUGGAAAAUGUAUAGUCUUUCAUAAGUAUGUUUAUUAAAAGUGUGUAUUUGCCUGAGAUCUUCUUGUAAAUAGAUGAAGUAUGCUACAGUAUUAUUUUGCAUGUAAAAGCAUACCUGUGCACUGUGAACAAUAUCACUAGGCAUGCCCGUAUAUUUAAGUCAAAAAUCAUUUUAUAUUUAUGGGUAUAUCUAUACGCUAAGCCAGUAUGAUAUCAUUUAUUAUUUUGAAACACAAUAUAUGACCUAUUCAUUUGUCAAAGUUUAAAAACAUGAUAAAUUCAUCAGUUUAUGAUAAUGAAAAUUGUAAUGUAUAACUGAAUUUGAAUGAGCGUUUUACACUUAUCCGGCACUUGGCUUAUAUUUGUCAUGUUUUUGGGUUUCCAUUUUGAAUGUUGUUACCAUUUCGAAAAUUCAUUAUUCUCAAAAAUAUUGCAAGGCUUCCAGUGUGAGCGAUUGCGGUAGAGGAGCUAUUAAAAGGGAUGCGACUCACAGAAUGGCUUCAACGGUGCAGAUUUAAUCCUUCUGAAAA